ACUUCCAGCUGCAGCUGGAGUCAUCAGCUCUAGCUGUGUGACUCGUGACCUGGAGAUGAUGUAUGCCUACUCCAAAUUUCUCCAGGGAAUGGUAGUAUGGGUGACAUCUUCCUUUGGUGUCCCCUCCUGAGAGGAAAUGGCCUUACCCUGAGCACGUAGGACUUAAAUUAGUCCUAUGGAGGUACUUAUGUGAUGCUCGCUUGGACCUCUCUCUGGGUUUUGGUGAGUAGAUGGGUAGGACUUUCUGUGCUAUCACAAGUGAUGAGCUUAGUAAUCAGCCUUUGUCCACCCAUAUAAUUAAGUGCAUUAACACCCAGAGAGACCAGCGGCCUGCGGGUUGAUUUGUGCCCACUCAGAGCACAAGCUGAAGGGGAGGGAAUUGGAGGUCUGACAGCUAGAACACAGGGAUCCCCCAAAGUGUCAGUACCAGUCUCUGACCUGGCCUCAGGGACACAUGAGCGCUGCUCUCCUCUUUGUUAUUCUUGGAACCCAUGCACAAGAGAUGGGCUUCAGCAUGAGAAUGUAGAUACACCAAGAAGAGACUUCCCUAUAGCGAGGGUUGGUAGUUGCACUACUGUGGUGAAGAGGAGGGUUGCUCCAUUCUUGGCCAGAUCUUAUAGAAAUCAUUUUCUUACCCCUUUUAUCUCCAGUCCAUCAGUCUCCCGAUGAAAAGCAAAUGCUCUGUUGUGGUUGUCAGGUUUCUUCUUAACCCCUAUCCCCUCCCAGGAGGCCCGGGACAAUGCAAGUUGCAAACACCUGCUGGGCACUCAGGAGGAACCGGCUCAGGGCAUGAAGGAGGAGACUGCAGGCCCCAGGCAGGCAGGCAGGCACAGAGGGCCUGAUACACAGCUGCAGGGUGUCUGGCUCUCAUGGAGGAACGCUAUGCUGAGGGGAGUUGGGGGGAUAGUGAGCCUCAGUUCACGGGCUUGGGGCCAGAAGACAAGGCAGGGUCCUCAGAGAAGAACACACUUGGAUUGGACCUGAAGAAUGGUGAAGAACUGAGUGUGCUGAGAUGAAUGAGAGAGAGGGGAAAGAUGUAAGCAAAGACACAAAGUAACAGAGGCUGUGGAUGUGAAUAGCUGGCGGUCCACUUUAACUGAAAAAUAGGAGGUGGAGAGAGGGCAGGGGGAAAGGCGGCCGGCUAGGGCUAGAUGGUGGAUAUGGUGGAUGGAUGGAGUGGGCAUAGAAUGUCAAGCUGAGCACUGGAGGUGCUUGACCUGGAGAGGACCAUGAUCAGAGUGUGAGGAGAUAAAGAUGACCAUGCGGAGACACAGGCAGAGCCUGGGGUACAGCAAGGAAGAUCUCAACAGGCUUAACAAGGCCAUCCAGUGGCUGACUGUGGAUGUGAACAGAGCUGAGAGUCAGCCAUGCGAACUAGAGGGAGCUCUGCAGGAGGAGGGUGCCUCUGGCAGUGUCAAGGGCAAGCUGUCCUGGCUGGAGGCUGCCCUGCAAAGGGCCAGGCAGGCUAUGGUGCGGCAGCUGCGGGAGUACCAGGAGCUCAUGGUCAUCAAGCUGGGCCUGGACUUUGAGAUCGCCACCUACCGCAAGCUGCUGGAGGGUGAGGAGAGAAGGGUCAGCCUGAGAGGGGAAGCAGAGAGCCUCAGAGCAGGCUCUGACGCCCCAGAGAUGAGCACUCCUGGCUGCAGCAGCCCGCUCUGAGGCUCCUCUGGCUGUGUCCGGGAAUUCGGCUGCAGAGACUUCCCCGGAUGUUGAGCACUUCCUCUCCUGCUUCAAGAAC